AUGCCAUAUGGAGACGAUGACAGGGUCAUUGUGGCAUUUGGUUGCCUCCAGGAUCGUUUUUGCAUUCAUAUGAACAUGAACAUUUCAUUGUCAGUUAAUGACCUACUGGCAUGCUGCGGUGAUGGUUGUAAUGGAGGCUAUCCUAUCAUGGCAUGGCGCUACUUUGUUCAAAAUGGUGUUAAGACCGACAGUUAUACUCUUUUGCAGUGCGAUCCAUAUUUCGAUCAGGUCGGUUGCAAUCAUCCUGGAUGCGAACCUGCUUAUCCUACACCAGUAUGUGAAAAGAAAUGCAAGGUGCAGAACCAAGUUUGGGAUGAAAAGAAGCAUUUCAGUGUCAAUGUGUACAGCAUAAAUUCUGAUCCAGAUGACAUAAUGCCAGAGGUCUACAUAAAUAGCCCCGUAGAAGUUGCUUUCACAGUUUAUGAGGACUUUGCCCACUACAAAUCUGGAGUAUACAAGCACAUUACCGGUGGCAUUAUGGGUGGCCAUGCCGUCAAGUUGAUUGGAUGGGGAACCAGUGAUGCUGGAGAAGAUUACUGGCUUCUUGCAAAUCAGUGGAACAGAGGCUGGGGUGAUGAUGGCUACUUCAAGAUCAUACGAGGCGUGAACGAAUGCGGCAUCGAAGAGGAUGUUGUUGCUGGAAUGCCAUCGACAAAGAACAUGGUUAGAAACUACGGCGGCUCCUCUGGAACAGCUGUAGUUUGAUUUGUAUUUUUACAGCUGAUGAAAUUGGUAAACCAGCCUUGAUGGCAACUCA